GCCGGGUCCCCUUGGCGAGGUGCCGUCCUUAGGCGUCCAUCUCGGAUUCAACGCAAGACCGCUUACCUUCUUCAAGCUUCAGGUCCGAUUUGGUGUUUUCCAGACCUCUGCUCUCGGGAUCGUUUCGCAUGGAAUAUCCCCACGAUCCAUCCUCGCUCCUCUCCAGCCCUCCCACACCAUCUUGUCGGUUUCUUUCCCCUUUGUGUGGUCUGGGCAAGAUGCUUUCCGAGUCUCAAAGGCACCUGCUUCCUCCAAGCAUGCACCACUCAAUAUGUCGUCCAGAACGACAUUGCCUCGACUCAAAAAUGUCCAUUCAACCGACUACAUUCAGAUUGCUUGUACGCAAAAGAUUGCACAAGUCUAUUACUCACGCAGACUGUCUAAAGGAGAUCCUGGCGGAGCGGGUUCACUGGCCUGGAUAGUCAGUUGAUAGAACGCUGUCAACCAGGACAGGC